AAUUCAAUUUUUUUCAGUAAUUCCCUAUUUCUCAAUUCAUUUAUUUGAUCUUUUCCAUUCGCUACUCACGAUCAUAUAAUCGUCCGUCUGUGCGCCUCCGUUCGUCCGUCCGUCCGUCCAUACGACCGUCUGCCGUCCGUCAUUGACGAUAGAUGGAUCUUCAAAUGCAGAGACAAUCAACCAAAACUGGUGAUGCGGAAUUUUGGCCGUUAUCAGGGAACCCGUAUUUCUAUGUUGUUAUUGACAAACCACAGAGGUUUCAAGUGAACAUCCCACAGGAACUGUCGGCCAAGCUUCCAGCUACUACAAUCCCUGCUAAAAUCUUUUACCGCGACAAGGUGUGGGACCUACCUUGCGCUGGUGAUCAGGCCAACAAAAAGUUUGGAAUUGAAGAAUGGGGAAAGUUCAUGACAGAAAACGACGUUAAACUUGGAGAUGCAUGUGUGUUCGAGUUGAUGGAAGGCGACUCUAAGAGUCGUGUUAAGUUCAAAGUUCAGAUCCUUAAAGAUGAUUUUCCAUUAGAAUUGCUGGAGAAAGCAGAUGGGUUUUCUAUGAACAAUCCCAUCGACAUAGAUUAGGAUUUGCAUGGUCGCGUUUGUUCAUAUGAUUUUUGGUUAUGUAGUCAUGAUACUUGUUCCUGAUGUUUUUUUUUUGUAGAUCCGUUUGGUGAAUACAAUUUGAUGUCUGGUCUUAUAAUCAUAUAAUGCAUCACCAGUUCUUUU